AAACAGCCUAUCUGUGAUGCCCUGCGAACAGUUUCACUGCUGAGAAAAGCACCCAAGGCAGGAAAACAGUGAGGUGCUGAGGGAAGAGCACAGACUCCAGAGUGGAAGGAAUAUGGGUUUCUGAGCCUAGAAGACUGGCAGUGGCUUUGAGCCCUGCCCUAGGACAGUGUGUGCCUCCUGCGAGAUGACUUCUUGAUAUCUUACUUACGUUGCUGAGCUAUGCUGUGGGGGUGUCUUCUCUCUUUCAGUGUGUCACCAGUACAGAUGAAGCCCUCAUUGCUGCUUCUGUCUCACCUCUGCCUGUUCAGCCUCUUGCCUCCCUUGUGGGCAUCAGACUCAGCACAAGGCACCUCCAGCCUAACUUGUUGGUAUGACUCAAGGGCAGCUCUCUUCUGUGACUGGUACCCAGGCAGGGACCUGGCUGAAGCACCGUGUCAGCUGGAGAUUUUAUCAAAUCAAGGUUUUUGUGACAGCUCAUUGUUGUUCUCUAGCUUCAAUCCCAUGUCAUCUCCCUUUCCUGAAAAAGACAAGAAGGACUGUGAAUUACUCAAGGCAGAACACAAGACAGGACUGAGAAGAUGCAUUAAGACCUUCAGCCACGAUAGUAAUACUCAAUGCUUCACCAGGUCAGACCGUCUUGCCAUGUCUGUCCAUUGCCGGAUUGGAGAGAAUAAGUCUAUACCUGUGCGAAUAGAAAAUUUCAGUCCACUUGCAAAUAUAAAGCUGAGGCCUCCAGGAGAUCUUCAUCUGGUUAACAUAACUGAAAACACCUCCAACUUAACAUGGAGCCUGAAUAUUUCCUCUCACUAUUUGAAUGGGGAGCGGGAAUACCAAGUGCGGUACCGAAAUAUGAGUCAGUCCUGGGAGGAGGCCAUGAACUUACCCAUUGAACAAGACCAGAUGUGGGCAAAAUUUGAGAGACUCUCACCCAACUCGAAAUAUGAGGCAGCUGUCCGUGCAAGGCCAAGUGCCAGAAGUAUCUACAAAGGCGUGUGGAGUGACUGGAGCAAGCCGAUACUGUGGAGGACACAUGCUGACCAUGAGGAUCAGUUAGAAACAUCCUGGCCAGCCCUGCAAGCUGUUAUAGUGAGCACUUUCCUCUUUGUGAUCAUUGGGACUGCCUUCCUUAUUAACUUACGGACCCUGAAAUGGUUUAAAAAGAUCCUGAAGAUUCACAUCCCAGACCCUGAGAAGUUCUUUCCCCCCCUUGUUUCGCUUCAUGGAGAUGACAUUCAGAAAUGGCUCUCCUCUCCAUUCUCCACAUCUUCCUACUGUGUGAACAGCACAAUCCCGGAGAUCUCUGUGCUCGAAGUAAUGCAGAAAAAUGACCAGGAAUCCCAGUUUCUACUUUCCAAGGGAACCCUGACUCCUGAUCCUCCCUCAGAAACCAGUGUGCACUCUGUAUCCAGCUGCUUCACCAACCAAGGCUACUUCUUCUUCCACCUUCCCAACUCCUUUGAAAUCGAGCCCUGUCAGGUCUACUUCACCUACGAGCCUUUCACGCAGGAGGGCAGUGGCAGCAAGGAUGGCAAGUCUCACCAUGCUCUCCCCUCUCCAGACCUCUGCACACUGGCAGCAGACAUGACUGUGUUGCCCCACAACUUCUUUCACUGUAUCAAGGCAACCCAAGGCUUCCAAAACAGCUCCAUCAUGAGAGAGACAGAGGGUGAAGCCCAGCAGGCCGUGGCUAUUUCUGGGUCAAGUGAAGGCACCUCAUCAACACCAGUUCUGAAACAGGAUGAGAAGGUGAUGGACAAAGCAGUUUCACGGCCUGAUGAGGCUCUGUGCCAGCAGAACACUGACUUUCCUGAUCCACUGGACCUGCAUGACAGCAAUACUAUCGAUGCAACAGAGGGGAGUGGGAAGGCAGACCCUCCAGCUGACCACUGUACACUAGCAGCAAAUGCUACCUCUUCUCCUUCCCAGCCUCCACCUCUAAGGCAAAGACAAGAUGAGGAUCUAUGCAAAACAGCCUUCUCCAGCCAGGUCCCAAACACUGAUUCCUACCUUUCUCUGAAGGACCUCCAAAGCCAGUAUAACCACUGCUCGGUCUAGAAUUGGUCUGGAGGAAACCCACAAAUGGUAAAGGCCACCUCUUCAGGGAAGGCUAGAUCAGCAGUUUUUCUAUUCGGGACAUGAAUGUGA